AUGAAUGGUGCAGCACAGUUCAUAGCCGGAGUCGGUCGAACGAUUGUUCUAAAUUCCAGUCCGACGGAAUAUCGAAGCACCCGAUAUUGCAUGCUUAUGCCAUGGAAUAUUUUAUAUUCUUGCGGCCGUAGUUCUCAUUUACAAGAUUGUCGUAUUUUAAGAUGGGAAGAAACUAUGAUUCCUCUGACAUUUUUCUAUUUUGUUCUUUGUGUUGCGACUGAGCCAGUGACGUCGAUAUAUCACCUAAUGGUAAGUGUUGAUCGCUUCUUAGCGAUUCGAUUUCCAAUACCUUAUUCUCAAAAAGGCAAAAAGUUCCAGCUCAAUCAGCUACUAAGAAAGUCUAUACCGAAACGUGACAUGGUCAUAAUCGUGGGAGACUGGAAUAUGGGCGUGGAUCAUAAUACCGUUGCCGUUGCGACCUCGACAAUUGGCAAAUGUGGAGACUGA